GUUUUAUUUUUUUUGCAUUUUUUUUCCAAUUUCAAGUUGUUGUAACUUACGAUUAAAAAGGAAUCUUCAGUUACCUGUAAUGUUGCAUCGGAUGUGACUCGCGCAACCUUAAGUCCCGGUUCGGUCUUUAUAUAACCUCAAAUCAGUUGAGAGGAACGACAACUACAAAAAAAUUGAGCAAUUUAAGUAUUGUGUUACAAUAGCUUUUAUUUCGCAAAUUAAUCACUGAAAACUCGACACAAUUUACUAAUAACACACACCAGAAAUGUCUGACUACGAGAAUUUGUCCGGAAACGAAAAGGAACUGCAGGAGUUCCUGAUGAUUGAGAAACAGAAGGCACAGGUCAAUGCACAGAUACAUGAAUUCAAUGAGAUUUGCUGGGAGAAGUGCAUUGGCAAGCCAAGCACUAAAUUGGAUCAUGCCACAGAAACGUGUCUGAGCAAUUGCGUGGAUCGCUUCAUUGAUACCUCGUUGCUGAUAACGCAGCGUUUCGCCCAGAUGUUGCAGAAACAGAGCUCGGGCGGCAUGUAGAGGUGCUGCGACUGAGCAAACCAUGUUACUGUUUGAAAAACUAUGUUACGAAUUAUCAUGUGAGACGGCAACAUUUUUAUUUUUCACGUUUUGUUGAUGUGCGCGCGCGCUUUGUCAUAAGCGCAAGCCACCUGUGGACCCCCCCAUACACUCCUAGACGACAAAAACUACAUCUACAUCUUUCCCCAGUCAGUUCAUCCCAUUCUGAAGCUCUCCAAUGCUGGCUCAACUAUUGAAGGCGCUACCAAUCCAAAAACAAACACAGAAACACUCAAAACAAGCAACAUGUAAAUUAUGUACUAUAUUGUAUUGUUUUCAAAGGUUUACGCUAUUAUAUAAAAAAUUAAGUAUGCAAAAAAAAAAAGA